CCACCGAGGUGCUCCCGUGGCUCGCUCUGGACAAGGUGAGUCCUGGACAGGGGCUGGUCCAGUCGCCUCGCCGUUGCCAGGAGGACAGGAGGUCCCAGCACCAAGAGAGUCUGCAGCCCACGAUCUGUCUUUUCUCCUCCGAUCAGCCCGGGCGCCUCACGCACGUCUCCCUCUGAGUCCAGAUGUUCUCUUCCUGGAGGAGACAUAUGUUCGUGACUUUUCAUGAGGACCCCGUGCCCACCACAGCCACUUUCGGCGUCGAAAUGCUCAACAUCACCUCGCAGGUGCUUGAGUCCACCCUCAACGGGACGUCGUCCCAGGGCUGCGUCUAUGCCGAGUGGUGGAGCUGGCUCAACGCCAUCCAGGCUCCCUUCCUCUGGGUCCUGUUCGUGCUGGCGGCCCUCGAGAACAUCUUCGUCCUCGGCGUCUUCUGCCUGCACAAGAGCAGCUGCACGGUGGCCGAGAUCUACCUGGGCAACCUGGCCGUGGCGGACCUGAUCCUGGUCUGCGGGCUGCCCUUCUGGGCCAUCACCAUCGCCCACAACUUCGACUGGCUUUUUGGGGAGGUCCUCUGCCGCGUGGUGAACACCAUGCUCUACAUGAAUCUGUACAGCAGCAUCUGCUUCCUGAUGCUGGUGAGCAUCGACCGCUACCUGGCCCUGGUGAAAACCAUGUCCAUGGGCCGGAUGCGCGGGGUGCGCUGGGCCAAACUCUACAGCCUGGUGAUCUGGGGGUGCACGCUGCUCCUGAGUUCGCCCAUGCUGGCCUUCCGGACCAUGAAGGAGUACGCGGCCGAGGGCUACAACGUCACGGCCUGCAUCAUCGUCUACCCGUCACGCACCUGGGAGGUGUUCACCAACGUGCUCCUGAACUCCGUGGGCUUCCUGUUGCCCCUGGUCGUCAUCACCUUCUGCACGGUGCAGAUCAUGAAGGUGCUGCGCAACAACGAGAUGCAGAAGUUCAAGGAGAUCCAGACGGAGAGGAAGGCCACGGUGCUGGUCCUGGCCGUGCUGCUGCUGUUCGUCACCUGCUGGCUGCCUUUCCAGGUCAGCACCUUCCUGGACACGCUGCUGCGCCUCAACAUCCUGUCCGGCUGCUGGGAUGAGCACAUCGUCGACGUCUUCACGCAGAUCGCGUCCUACGUGGCCUACAGCAACAGCUGCCUCAACCCGCUGGUGUACGUGAUCGUGGGCAAGCGCUUCCGCAAGAAGUCGCGGGAGGUGUUCCGGGGACUGUGCCAGAAGGGGGGCUGCGUGUCGGAGUCCACCAAGAUGGAGAACUCCAUGGGCACGCUACGGACCUCCAUCUCGGUGGAACGCCAGAUUCACAGACUGCCCGAGUGGGUGGGGAACAGCCAGUGAGGGCCGCCCCGAGGACUAUGGUUCACGUGGGUGAGGGUGCGCUUACAGCUGCCCCUCAGGAUGUGCCGGAGCAGGAACGGAAGGCAUGCGACCUUGGGCAGUAAGUCGACGUCUCCGGCCAAACACAGGCGCUUCAUUCCCGCCCUGCCCAAGAUGCAGCGGGCGAGGCCGUGAGGAUGGGGUGACCUCGUGCCCAGAGCCAAGGGCUCCAUAUACAUGACGGUAUUAUUGUUCCCAUUUGCUGCCACCCGUGGGCCAGUCUGCUUCUUCCCAGGAGUGGAGGGUGCCUGGGGACAGGGACGGGAGGGACUGAGUGUCCCUCCCACAUGGUGUCCCAGCCUGCCCCAGCAUGCCAGAUCACAUCUCCGGGAGAACUGCCACCCCAGCUUUGAGGACACGGCUGGGUCCAGAGGCGGGGGGCCUGGCUGGAGUUUUGCCUUCAGUCUCUUAAAUCCUCUCAGCUGGGACUCCGGAGGAUGAUUUCUCAGAUCAGUGAAGGUUGAACUCUGAGGGAUCCCUGGUAAGAACCCGGAGACCAGGAUCCCAUCACUCCCCCUGCCCAUGGGCAAGAUGGUCUGUGCCAAACAAGAACUCGAUGAGCACUUAGCACUUAUCUAGCACUUGCUGUAUAGGCAAGUAUUGAGCACCGCGGGCAAGAGGGAAGAAAAAAGCAAGUAUAAUCUGUCUCCGAGGAACUCGCAAACUCGAACAGGGAUGACUACUUCCAACGACCAGAAGGCUGUUCUGCGACGUGGUGGAGCGAGGCAUCCUGGCUGGUGCAGAGGAGAGGACUGAGGAGGAGCCUGACGCCCCAGUUCUGCUGAUAAUUAGUGGCACGUCACUUAAUCCCUGCCUGUUUCGUCCUCUGUGACAUCAGCUUGUUGGGAGGACUGAAAGACGUUAACAGGCACGAAAGUGCUUGGGAAAAAGGAAAGGUGCUAUAUAAAUGUGAGGCUUUAUUAGGCACACAGUAUGGAAAUAAAUUUAUUAUCAAGAAA